AUGGCUGCAGCACUUUUCUUCCAGCAGACUGGGGAAGGGGAUGAAAGGGGCAAAGAAGAGGAAGUUGGCCUGUUUCAUUGUGUCACCACUGUCUACCAAGCUACCAAUGCAAAUGCUAUUAACAAAUGGCAUGAGGUUAUCACCAACAUGUUUUACACAGUGAUCCUUCAUCCUCUCAAAGAGGAGGCAGUGGAGAUGUUUUCCUUCUUCCAAUUGACUGUUCAGGAACAUUUGGCAGCUCUCUACUGUGCCCUCAACCUCUUCAGUCAGGAGGAUAUAACUCAAGCUUUAAACCUCUGGUGCUUUGGGUUACAUCCACCAUCUGUCUCUUCUACAUUGCUAAAAAACAUAGAGCUUAACAUGGACAUGCUGGAUAGUCUUCAAAUGUUCACAAGGUUCUUUAUGGGACUUCUACGAACGAGAUUAGCGAAGCAACUAGAUGGCCUUGUUAACCCCUCCAAGGAGGAAGAGAAUGGAAUCCCCACCGGUCUGGGGUUAUGGUUCCAAGACCAAUUUAAACACAAGGAGAUGAAAAAUGAAACCGCAUUGAAUCUUUUGCAUUGUUUGAUGGAGUUUCACACGAACGAGACCACUACCAUCGCAGCACCAGAGAUUAAGAAGCUUAACUUGUUUAAAAUGAAGUUGAAUAUUGUGGACUGUGCAGCAAUGCACUAUGUGCUGAAGUUUUCUCCACACACGCUUCAGGAACUCAACCUGGGUUACUCCAACAUUGGAAACAGAGGACUCAACCGACUGAGGCCAAUCCUCCAUCACUGUGAAUCUCUCUAUUUGAGAUACAACUGUCUGGAUUGGCAAGCAGCUUUAUUAGAAUCUGCAGUUCUGAAAUCAAACGAAUGCCAAGUCAAGAAACUCUUUAUGUGUGGAAACAACCUGGGUCCAGAAGGGGUUAAUGAGCUGUGGACCGCACUGGAGAAUAACACCACUGUUGAAGAGCUCUAUGUGGACAUCACUGGUAUCACAGAGAAAGGGACGGAAAAUAUUGUUGACUGCCUCAGCAAAAACACUUCCCUUAAGAUUCUGACAAUUGUUGGAAAUGACAUUGGAGAGCUGGGCAGAAAAAGGCUCAGGGAACUGGAGAAAUUGAGACCAGAUCUAAGGAUUAUUGCAAACUUUGUGGACGACCUGGGGUUGCUCCAGGCCUACCUGGGCUGGGUGGAGGAGAUCCGUGCCGACAGGGACCAGAUGGACUCAGUGAAGAAUGUUGAUGCUCUGCAGUCAGUGCUGAGAGGCCUGCAGAACAGUGGAGGGGAAAUGGAGAAAGGAGAGAAUGCAGAUAAAGCUAUGGAGCUUCAGAUAAAGAUUGAGGAGCUGCUAAAAUCACAUCUGAUUGGAGGGAGUUGAACUUAACUUUUGUUUCAUAUUAUGUUGGAAUAAUCAAAAACAUUUUAAACAAACUGACAUAAUGAAUUUAGUCUGUUAAAGCAGGCUUCUCUGAAUUUAUGUGGCAUGUGUUUUUCAGUUUUUUCAAAAGAAGCUCUAGAAAUCACGGGUAAGUUCAGGUGGUUCUGUAAAUGCAGAUAUAAUCAAACUUAUUUGUCUUUAACAGAAUCUCCACCUUUUUUAGACAUUGAUCA